AUGAGUUUCUUUAAGGUAUUUGGUUGUAUCGCCUAUGCACAUAAACCAACACAGUUAAAAAAGAUAAAAAUUAAUGAAAACGAAGAAAAACUCAUCUUUAUUGGCUAUAGUGAAGAAUCCAAAGCCUACAGACUACACAAUUCUGAUACUAACAAAUUGGUGGUCUCCAGAGAUGUUAUCUUCCAUGAAGCAGGAACAUGGAAGGGUGAACCACAUCACUCCUCAACACCAAGCAUCAUUGAAGAAGAAACGAGGGAAGCCAUGUCAUAUCAAGAUUCUCCUAGUCUAAGAUCCCCAGAUGCAUCAACUUCAGGCACAGAUUCACUGCCGAGAAAGAAUAAGACAUUGGAGUUGGUCAUUCUUCCAGAAGGAAAGGAGCUCAUCGGCCUUAAGUGGAUAUACAAAACCAAGUACAAUGAAGAUGGAUCUGUUCAGAAACGCAAUGCUCGAUUAGUUGCAAAGGAUUACUCUCAACAACCAGCAGUUGGCUUCAAUGAGACAUUUGUCUCAAUAGCUCGUAUGGAGACCAUAAGAACGGUAUUGGCUAUAGAAACUCAACUCAAGCUCAAAGUGUUUCAGCUAAAUAUCAAGUCAGUAUUCCUAAAUGGAGAACUUGAAGAGGAAGUUUAUGUCGAGUAA